AUGAGAGAUAUUAAAAAGGAGGAAAGGGGAAAGGGAGGGUUCUCCUCGUCCUGCUCCAGCUGUGGAGGGGGUCAGUCGCUGCUGAGUCAGAGAAAAAGGAUGAUAUCCGUGGAUGUAGGUUUCUUCAACGUGAUCGCCCACGAAGGGAGCAGGUUUGCCUUCUCCGUCGGCGGGGACUGUUUGAACAACCCCAAAUACAUAGACGCCCUCAAGACGAACAAGAUUCGUACGGUGGUCAACACGACCACCGCUCGUGGUUUCUCCAGGAACAUGGGGCUCGUAGAGGCAGAAAUAGAGGAGACGAUACUCACCUUCAUCGACGAAGACUGGUACACUCCUCUGCCUUCGCAGCUGGAGAGAUGGCUUGACAUCAUCAGCACUAACUACCACGAGGGAGGUAUUAGAGUUGGAGUCCACGGAAUGAACAACGGACCGUUCCUCAUUGCCAUCGGUCUCAUGGAGUUGGGGCUUUCCUACCAGGAAGCGAGGGGUAUAGUCCUAUCCGCCCACGGUCAACUUCACCAAGACCAAGAAUUCUUUCUGGAGACCUACGUCCGAAAAGGGUUCCGUAAUAGAUCCAGAACGGCAGGGAAGAACUAGGCAAGAACUAUCCAUUCAAUCAUAAAUUUUAUAUAUCAAGUUAACUUAUAAUACAAUAUAUCAUCCACCAUUAACCAAUAAUCUUAGUUGUUAAAAAUGUUUUUUUAACAUUCCAGUUGUAAAAUAUUCAUUUGAAAAUUUGGAUCUUAAGUCUUACAUUAAUUUUUGAGCUUUUGCAUACUCGAUAACUUUUUAGGAACGGAUAAUCAUAUUUUCUGAAGCAAUUGUUAUAAUACAUAAUGUAAGCGCUAUACUUCCAGUUAAUUGUGAAUAAAUCGAUUUUUUUUAAUUUAAACUUUGGUAUCUGAUUAUAUUUUUAGGUAUUUUAGUAUUGAGUGGCUUUGAAAUAUAUUUAUCUACUUUUCAUUGGAAACAUUACAGUAUGUUCAUGAAAAUAAUCCCAGGUUUUAAAUAUCAAUGAAGCAUGAUUGUAUGUUAAUUAUCACUAUUUUAAAUAUUGUUAGUGCAGUAAACUUUUAUAAUAUUUUCCAACUACCAAGUUUGAACAGUUUGUAUUUCAUAUAUCAAUUAGACGAUGUUAAUAACUUGUUAUUAACUAUUAUAUAUUUUUUAUUGUUAAAGUAUGAUAUUUAUGAUAAUGUUUGCCUAUGCUUUGGUUUGUCCACAAUUUUAACCAAUAUAAUUUUAUUCUGAAUCCUUUUCGUAUACCUUAAAAAAAAUAGAAGAAAACCUUAUAUUUUAGUCAGUAUACACAAUUGGGAAUGAAAAUUGAAUACCAAUUUAUUUAUUUCUGAAUAAAAGGCAUUAAUUCUUCAUAGGAUUAUUAUUAAAAAAAAAUCUUA